AUGAGUCAGAGGAUUGGAGUUUCUGAGGGUGAGGGGUAUUAUCAGGCAGAGUUGGAAUCUGAGAGUGAAAGAUUGAGGAAAGAGAGAAGGACCAAGAAGAGGAAUGACCCAAUAAGUAGUGAGGGCGAGCAAGGAGAAUUUGAGAUUGGGGUCAAUCAUGGAGAAGAGGAAAGUGAUGGCUCUCCAAGUGAAGAAGGAGAGGAGGUUAAUCAAGAGGUUGAUAAGAGUAACCAAGAUGAGCCAAUGGAGGAGGCUGAGCCACAAGAAGUGGAGGAUGAACUCCCCAUGUUUCAAGAGCACUACAAUGCUCUCCUCUCUAUGGACUUUGUGGAAACCAAGUACCCACAUGAUGAUACAAUGAAGGCUUUGGGAUCUUCAAGGAUGUGGAGCUAG